GCGAGCGACGCAGUCCAUCGCUACUUCACGUAACCCAAAGCCCAAAGGGAGCGAGUGUCGUCCUCCCCUCCUCGCCCCCUCCGCCCCGCCCCGACGCGCGCGGGGGCCAUGUCGUCGCGCGACAACGAGACCGCGGCGGCGAUCGCCCGCGCUGCCACCUCCUUCGACGGCGCCGUCCUCGGCAUCGGCCUCGCCCUCUGCGCCGCGAGCACCUGGGCCAAGUACUUCGCCACCUCCCACGCCCUCCGCCGCAUCCGCCUCGCCCCCUCCGCCCCCAUCUCCGACCUACGCUCCCUCCUCCCCUCCUCCUCAUCCGACGACGACGAAGCCGCCCUCAUCGUCGUCCGCGGCCACGUCCAGCCCCGCUCCGCCGUCGACGGGCCGCCAUGGGCGAGCGCUAAGAGCUUCGGCUCUCUCGUCUCACAGGGCUCCGGCGAGCGCGCCGUCAUCGUGAAGCAGACGCAAACGUGCUUGUACAAUGAAUGGAGGGGAAUUUUUGGGUGGAGUUUUGACCUGCAUGCAAUAUUUGCAAAAUCUUGGAAGGAGCAAAGGACAAGCUCAUUUAGAUCGGUUCCAUUUAUUCUUGUGGAAGGUGGUCGUUGGCCACGUUCUGGUUAUGUUCAUGUAAAUUUGGAUGGAUCAGAUCAUCCACUGCCCCUUACAACAGUUUAUCAUCAGUUGCAUCCUAUUCAGGCAACUCCUUACACAUUGUUCCAGGCCAUUUUUGGUAAUGGGUACCCUGUUGCAUUGUUGGAUGAAGAGAAGAUACUUCCUGUGGGAAAGGAGAUUACAGCUGUUGGAUUUUGCAGGACACGAGAUGGUGCUUUGGAGGUCAAGUCAUGCCAAGAACUACCUUUUUUCUUGUCUGAGAUGACAAAGGAUGAGAUUGAAGCUGAGCUAGCUACUAACACUGCGGCUCUUCUUUGGAGUGGCAUUUUGCUUGGAACAUUAUCAAUUGGCAUACUUGGCUAUGCCAUCGCUAGGAACUGGUCGAGAUGGAAAGAGUGGAGGGAGAGAAGGAAACGUGAUAGAGAACUCCGCAAUCAGGCUGCAUCAGUCCCAAGUGGCAUGGAAGAGGAGUUGGGUGAAGUGCCAGAUGGCGAGCUAUGUGUCAUCUGCUUAAUGAGGCGAAGGAGGUCAGCUUUUAUUCCUUGCGGGCAUCUUGUUUGCUGCCCCAGUUGCGCCUUGACUGUAGAGCGGGACUCAUUCCCAAAGUGUCCUGUGUGUCGGCAAAGCAUUCGGUCUUCGAUCAGGAUUUAUGAUUCUUGAGGAAAUCACAAGGACAAACCAGUGCUUUCAAGUCAGGGCAGAAGAUUCCAAGCUCUUUGAAUGGUCUUUCUCGUGAAUCUUUGUUGUGAAUAUGUUGUUGAUCUAAGCUUUAAACAGUUGAAACUAAGGAUGAAUCUUAUGAAUUUUCACUCAUUUACACAUCAGCCCUUCUGUCCUGCUACUUGAGUACCCGGUUGAUAUAGACGGCUCACGGCAAUAAUCUUAUUUCUCAAAGUUUGAGAUGUUGAAGCUGUAUAUAGAUCAUCCGAUAGUUUUGUUGAAUUGUGAAAGGAUUGGUUAACAGUUCUCCUUGUUAGUACAUUGACAAAGUUCAUAGCUGUUAAACACCAUUCAACUUUUCUUGUUUGAUCA